UUCUUCAUGUGUAUAGGUGACUGGAAUAAGCAUGCAAAAUGUUCUACUAAUUGGGGAGAAUCUUGGUGGCUGUGCAUCUAUUUCUGGAUCAUUGCUUGGGGAGAAUACUGGCUGUCAAUGUGUUUGUUGUCAAGAAAUUGAUAUUUUGGAGAAAACCCAUAAGGCGUAUUGUAUUUAUUGAUGUAUUAGGAAGUUUUUCUGCACUUGGAGUUUUGAUUGCAAUUUGACAAAUGUCUGGAUUGGUAUUCAUUUGAAGCCAAACUUUCUUGUGUUUUUGUAUGUUGUUAGCUACAGUAAAGUGGGUUGUAAGAGAGUAAUUUGUUUUUUUAUUUUUGUUAGUUUUGUGAGAAACAAAUGUGUGGUAUUGUUGAUAAGCAAGAAGAAGUAAUUUGAUACUUUCUGUAAAAGAGUUUGAUGACGAAGUUUAUGCGGAUCAAUGGCAGAACCAACUCCUUUGUAGCAAAUCAUUUAUCCGAGUCUCUACAAUGCUUGGCUAGCACAUUAAGACGUUGGAGAAGUGGCCAACCUUCAGAAUCCUGGGAGGCUCAUAAGGCAGCAAUCCAAGCACUCAUAAAGCUGCCUUCAGGCGAGCUUGUUACAGGUUCAAGUGAUACAACUUUAAAACUUUGGAGAGGAAGCAAAUGUACACAUACUUUUGUUGGGCAUACAGAUCAAAUAUAGGCUGAUGCACUUGUUCUGAGGGGGAUCAGUUGCACAUUUGAGGAAGGGCACAAAAUACGUAUUGUUGGCAGAAUUGGCA